AAGAGCUAGCUCAAAGUUUUUGCGCGAGUUCAGAUUCGUCAAAUAUUUUUGGUGAUUUUGUUUUUUUAUUUUUAGGUUUUUGAAAAUUUAUGUGUGAUUUUGUUUUCUGAACUGCUCCAUCUUAUUAUUAUCUCCAAUUAUUAUGUCCUAUUUUACGAGCAUUCGUAAUUUAAGAUCUAAAAUUCAAUUUAAUAAAAAUUUUGUUAGAUAUUCAAUCCCCAAAAAAAAGCAAUUAGGUUCAGAAAUUGCCAUAAAUCAUUUUGACCAAUUCUACAGCUCAAUAUUUGAUAACUGGCCUUCGAUACGCUUGGCUUUGCUGUGUCCCCAUAGUUAUUGUGCUGUUGCUAAUGUCUUUGCUAAAGAAAGGUCUGCGGAAGCCCUUUUCGGGGACUUGGAUGUUUUUAAUAUGAAAGAUGCUUAUUAUUUGCACCUGGGUGAACUGGGGACUAUAGAUAUUCCAUCAAAAAAAUCAAAGGAAAAUACAGAAACUGAAUCAAAUAAAGAACCUUUAACUCAAGAACCUGAAUAUGAAAACAAAUCUGCAAUGCCGAUUGCUGUUGAUGACACGAAAGGUGAAUUUAUGCCAGUUACUGAAUAUAAACAUCGAGAAUUUGAUGAAGAAGAUUUAUCUAGUUUCUAUCUACCAAAUCCUGGUUUUAAAGCUAAUGUAAUUAAACAUGGGGUUAUACAUUAUCCCGAACAUUGGGAGAUGUAUUAUUGUCCAAAAGGAAAAUUUAGGAAAUUUCCACCUCCAAGGAUUGAUAUCACAGGCUUGUUGAAUUACUAUCUUAUGGAUGGAGCCUCCAUACUUCCAGUGUUAGCUUUAGAUAUACAAAAAGAUGAAACUGUUGGGGAUUUAUGUGCAUCACCUGGGGGAAAAUCUCUUGCCAUAUUGUUUGGUCUUAGAUUUGGUAAAUUAGUGUGCAAUGACUCAUCUUUAUCUAGAGUGAAUAAGUUAAAAACAGUAUUGAAUUCAUAUUUGCCUGACACAAAAGAAUGGAGCAAGAAGAUACUAGUAUCUAAUUUGGAUGUGCGUGAUUGGAGAUGCUUUGAUUCAUUUGAUAAGAUUCUUUUAGACGUACCAUGCUCAAAUGAUCGAUUAUCUGUGACAAAAGAUUCAAACAACAUUUUUCAACAAAAAAGAUUUCAUGAAAGAAUGCAAAUUCCUCGAAUACAGACAACUUUAUUAAGCACUGCCCUUAAAGCUUUGAAAGUUGGAGGCUCUUUAGUAUACUCUACAUGUACUCUUUCACCGAUCCAGAAUGAUGGUGUAGUACAUAUGGCAUUGUCUAACCUUUCUUUAGAAUCUCCGUAUGAAUUUUCUGUCCAAGAUUUAAGUACAGCUUUCUUUCCUCUGCGUAAAAUGUUUCAGUUUAGUGACAAUUGUCUGUAUGGACAAUUAGUGGUUCCAUUUCUACCUCUGAAUUAUGGUCCUAUGUAUAUUUCAAAAAUAACCAGAACUAAAUAAUAGUAAAUUGUAUAUAUAAUUCUUGUAUGUAGAUAAAUAAAGAUUUUAUUUUUAUUGGAAA